AACUAAAAUAUCAUAAUUUUCAGCAGCCUUUAGUCCUCGAACUCUUCUUCUUCUUCUUCUUCUUCACUACAAUUCCUCUUUCUUCUUCUUCCCUGAAACUGAAUCCAAAAUUAGGGUUUAGUUUUAGAGCUUAGUGUGUGUGGAAAAUUAAUAAUGGCAGAAGAAAAGGAAUCAUCAACAUCAAUCCCAUUGAGUCAACGGAGUGGUGGUAAUACUGAAGAUCCCGAAGAUCCUGCUAAAUCUCCUCCAACUUCUCCUAAUUCAUCUACUCGUAAGGCAUGCUUUACGGUACUACAGAGUUGGGUGUCAAAGAAGUUUAUGACCGGAUGUGUGGUUCUUUUUCCUGUCGCGGUUACAUUUUUUAUUACGUGGUGGUUUAUUCAGUUUGUUGAUAGUUUCUUCAGCCCAAUAUAUGAGAGACUUGGACUGGAAAUAUUUGGACUUGGAUUUGUCACUUCAUUGAUUUUUGUAUUAUUUAUUGGUAUAUUUGUGUCAUCAUGGAUGGGUGCCACUGUUUUUUCUCUUGGAGAGUGGUUCAUAAAGAAAAUGCCAUUUAUUAAGCAUCUGUAUUCAGCAUCCAAACAGAUCAGCUCUGCGAUUUCUCCAGAUCAAAACACCACAGCCUUUAAAGAAGUUGCAAUAAUUCGUCAUCCACGUAUUGGUGAAUAUGCAUUUGGAUUUAUCACCUCAACAGUUGUUCUUCAGAGAGAUAACGGAGAUGAAGAGUUAUGUAGUGUAUACGUGCCAACAAACAAUCUGUACAUUGGAGACAUUUUUCUGGUCAAUUCUCUCGAGAUCAUAAGACCAAAUUUGUCUAUUGGAGAAGGCAUAGAGAUCAUUGUUUCUGGUGGAAUGACAAUGCCACAACUGAUUUCUCCAAUAGAAAGAGUUACCCGUCCGAAUGAUCGCCCUCUUAACAGAAUAUAGUCUUACAUGUUAGGUAAAAUUCUUUUGACUGUUCUGUGCUGUGUUACUAAGUUUUGGAGUUUCCAAAUUCGGGUUUUUGUAUAUUUUGUCGAGACAAUUCUUCUAUCCUGUGAUGCAAAAGGAAGUUUGAGCGGAUUCUUGUUUACCAGGUUUACAGGAACACAUAACUACAGUCAUAUUAAUUUUGUAAUUGCAGAAUGGAGUUGGGUUUUAAGGGGGGGUGUUUGGUGUUCUUGCUAGUGCAGGAUUAAUGCGCUUUUGUGUCUAUAGACUAUAGUUAACUAUUGUAUCUUCUAUAAUAUGUAGUCUGUGAAAAACAAAAAAAAGUAGAUUUUUUCGUAUCUAAUACUUAAUGUAUUCUUUUGUGCUGCAACAUUGUAUACAACUUUUCUGUC